CAUUGCAAAAUUCAAUCCGCAGCAGCAAUUAAACCAAUAAUUUGUGUUUUUUCCUGCAAAUUUUAAAGUGAUAAGUGAAAUAAGAUUAGAUUUCGAGUGAAAACUAAACAUUACUAUUCUUAUAUCAUCAACAUUAUUGAAAUUUUAUCAAAAACACUUUAGAUGAGCUCUGUGCUACUUUACAAAUACCUAACUGUAAAAUGGCAAAUUGAAUGAAUCUAUUCAUGUUUAUAAAUAAAAACUGAAACAUUUUACUUCAGUUAUGUGGUAUUCUUGAAAAAAAAAUAUUUUAUACAUACUAAUUGUAACAAGGUAGAGAAAUACGUUUAAUUUAUUUCUAUUCAAAUAAUGCGAUGUAUGCUCCAGACCAUCCUAGAAAGAAAGAAGUUAAAGAUGCUAUGUAUCGAAGUAACUCAAGUCUCGACUUGAUAUACGCUGAACAUCCUUCGGGAAACGGGCUCCGACGUGAGUACGGCAGCCAUGGCUCUAUUGAUGUGAUAGGUGGCGCAAAUGAACGAUAUAUUCCCACUAUGGUGCAUAAUUACAGCGUAGUAUCAAGUGGUGAUAAACCUUCUAGUGUAACUAGACUCACAGACAGGUUCUCUGAAAUCUUAACCACUGACCAUGCUGAUGGGCCAACUCCAAGAGCCAGUGUAAGCCCCAAACCUCGGCUGAAGCUUAAUAAACUUUGGGGUGGAAAUACACCCAUAGCAACCCGCCAGUGUAAUGAUGAUACUUCAAUGUCAAAUAUUGCUGAAGCCUCAAAACGAAAACAAUUUGCACAUUAUGACUGCCAAUCACUUAUGGCUAACUUAAGUUAUGCUGCUGAAAUACGAGGUGCCUUAUUAAGUAGGCGCCGCAAUACAACAACUGGAGCUUCAGCUGCAUCUCUAUUAGCCACACGUGGACUACCUCCUGGUGAAGAUACUGUUCCAGAUACAGGAGAUGGCCGCUUUAAUGAGAUGAUUGAUAGUUGUCCUUUCUUCAGAAAUGAAUUAGGAGGGGAAGAAGAAAGGUGUGUAUCAUUGUGCCACCGAACUGCUAGAGGCGGCAUACCAGGUCAGUUUGGAGGAUGGCAUCGUCCUAAAGCUGCAUAUGGCUUCUCAGUGUUAGAGUUCCCGCCUGGCCACACCCAUUGGCGUCAAGGUUGCCCUUUCGCUAAAUCCGUAUCACCCCUUCCUGUUGAAAGUCAAGAUCUUGGAGCACUGUAUUUUCGAAAUUAUUUCUACACCCAACCUCAUCAGAAUUGGUUUGGCAUGGAUGAGAAUCUUGGUCCUAUUGCGAUAUCCAUCAAAAAGGAAAGGGUAGAACUUCGCCGUGGUGGCGGUGAUGCAUCAGCACCGGCUUCCCAGCUCGCUUGGCAAUACCGACUUAUUAUACGUACUUCUGAACUUCUAACGUUAAGAGGGUCCAUACUAGAGGAUGCUUUGCCCACAGUCAAACCCAGUAAUAACAGUGCCACUUAUAAUACAAAGGAAGUUUUGGAAUAUAUUGCUCCGGAGCUUCAACUUAAUUCUUUAAGACUUGGAUUAACAAACACAGCAACAGAGGAACAGCUCCUCCGUUUAGACGAACAACGCGUCACACGACAUUAUAAAGUCGGUGUUAUGUACUGCAAGAGCGGUCAAUCCACCGAAGAAGAAAUGUACAACAACCAAGAAGCUGGACCGGCGUUUGUCGAGUUCCUACAAAUGUUGGGCCAAACGGUCCGUUUAAAGGAUUUCGACAAGUAUAAAGCUGGUUUAGACAAUCGAACAGAUUCAACGGGACUCUAUUCCGUGUACACUACGUACCAAGGAUGCGAAAUAAUGUUCCACGUCUCCACCAUGUUGCCAUACACGUCAAAUAAUAGACAACAGCUGUUGAGAAAACGGCAUAUAGGCAACGAUAUAGUAACAAUUGUCUUCCAAGAACCCGGUGCGGCACCGUUCACACCGCGACACAUACGAUCUCAAUUUCAACACGUUUUUGUUGUCGUUAGAGUCAUAGACCCGUGUACAGAGAACACUCAUUAUAGCAUAGCUGUAAGUCGUGCGAAAGAAGUGCCUUUAUUUGGACCGCCUAUUAAGGAUGGCGCGGUCUACCCGAAGGGUGAUGCGUUUACUGAUCUGUUACUUAGUAAGAUAAUAAACGGUGAGAAUGCAGCCAUACAAUCGCCGAAGUUUAGUACAAUGGCGACGCGGACGCGACAAGAGUACCUUAAAGAUUUAGCUAAGAAUUAUGUCACUGCCACCACAGUAGAAACUGGACAGAAAUUUUCUUUAUUUUCUUCCCUUCUAAUGAAAAGCACUAAUUCUAGUAGCAAUAGCACGGUUAUACCGAAAACUGAUGACUGUACCAAUGACGUAUUAGUGGGAGGAGCUUUAUGCUUUCAUGUCCAAGUACAAGAUGAAGGAGCGGGUGGUACAUCCGUUGAUUGUAUACUAGGCAUCUCCGCUGACUCUCUAGUCUUUGUUGAAGACCUCUCACGUCAAAUUAUACUUGCCGUGCCGACGAAUACAGUACUAGGAUGGGUUAUAAGUGGUGAGUGGACGCGUAUAUACUACCAUCGUGGUGAGAGCGUACGAGUACGUAACAGUACGGACGUGUUACUGCGGCGACUUAGUAGCGUCGCGCCCCAACACGCGCAUUCCCUUAAAGAAAUUACCUUAGAGAGGGGUGCUGCUUCGCAACUCGGUUUCCACGUGCAACCAGACGGCCUAGUAACUGCGGUGGAGGGCGGUGGGCCAGCUGCAAGAGCUGGAGUAAGACGAGGGGCCAGACUACUAGAAGUGUGCCGUGCUGCAGUCGUCGCAUUACCCCACGACCACUUGGUGGACCUACUUAAGACAUCGGAUCCUGUUACUGUGACGUUAACGUUCGCGUCCAGCGGGCGAUGUGAGUGCCAGACUUACGGGAGUGAAGCGUGGGCGCAGCAGCCGGGACGACGACGCCUCACCCACGACCGGCCAGCUUCGCCUCCUCGCUCUGACAGCUCCGGAUACGGCACGGGUGGUUCAGGUCGUAGUGCAGCAUCUCCAGGUGGAGAGGCAGUUCGCAGACGAUCACAUGAUGACGCAUCACCAAGGCAUCCACGGCGACCGCGUCUCUCUGCUAAUACAUCGUCUCUCACGGAGGAGUUAAUGCGACUUAUGGACGCGGAACUGGAGGACGCAAAAAAUACCGCAAUGGAAAGAAUCGGUUCCAGCGCUGAUAGAGUUGGAUCAGGUGCUGAUAGAGUUGGGUCAAAUGCUGAUAGGAUUGGGUCAAGCGCUGAUAGAGUUGGAUCAAGUGCUGAUAGGGUUGGAUCAAGCGCUGAUAGAGUUGGAUCAAGCGCUGAUAGAGUUGUAUCAAUCGCUGAAAGGGUUGGCUCUAGUGGAACAAAUGCGCCCACUCCCCAAGGAGCACCUUUACCGUUGCCCGACGCUUCGGCACUUGACUGGGCUGCACUAGUCCACACUGCGACGCGCGCUAUGUUGCAGAUAUGUGAGGAGCAUCAAUAUCCAUCUUUAGAGAACUCGGAUCCACCUCUAGAACCUCUGCCCAGCGAGUCACUACGAGAUUGGCCUGAGAGACCAACAAGUGAAAGAACAACGCCUGCGGCGCCAAAUACAAGCACAAUUGCGAGUACGGAAUCAAGCGCGUGCGCAUGCGGACUCAAAGAGCGCGUCGCAGCAUUAGAGGCCGACGCCGUCUGCGCACAAAGACAUCAGCAUCAGCUUGAGGAAGAGGUACGUCGUCUAAGACGGCAUAACGCGCGCUUAAGAGAGGAAUCAGCUCGUGCUGUAUGGCAGUUGAGGCAUUUCACGCAGUGGCUCAAACGGACCGUCGACAAAUAGAAUUGUUUUACGUAUACCCGUACGUACGCGCGUACGUACCAGAAGUAACGAUAAGUAUGACAAAACAAGUAAUGCAAGCCAGUCUUAAUGAAAGUUCUUAUUAGAAUUCAUUUGGCUUAAUUUAAGCUUUUUCCUUAUACAAUUUAAAAUUUUUGGCUUUAAAUUUUUAAGUAUUUUUGAGUAACUGAUGAAUCAAUUAAUAUUUGAUAUUAUUUACAACUUUGCUAGACUUUUGUGUACAUUGCAAUUUAAUACAAAUCUCAUUUUAUAACAAAGUUACCGUCCAUGAUUUUCGAUUAAGUCGAUUUCUAUAGAAUUACUGAAGUACCUUGAAUGUAAGAUUCCGUUGAUAAGUGUUAUGAGCCUAUAAAAUAAGUCAAUUAAUUGUAUUUAUUGCGUCUUAUGCUUAUCUAAAGUUUCACAAUAGUUAUAUUGAUUAGUAGAUACUAUUUAAUCUAUAGUAUAGGCUAUAUAAUGUUCAUCCAGAUAUUUAAAACUCGAUUUGUUAAUCUUAGGUCCGUAUUACUCAUUUAUAAUUUUUGUUAACAUCUUAGUCUAAAGCCUUGUCACCCUUGUCACAAUGUUCUAAAUUUAAUUUAGUUUUAUUAAAGUAAGAUUUAAAGACAAUAUGCAAACUGUAAUCUGUCAAAUUAGGACAGAAAUGAGAUUUCAAUGAUAGAAUGAAAUUGGAGGUUAUGACAAUACGUAGAUUUUUAAAUGGGAAAUACGGGCCUUUGAGAGGGCCAAAUGUGAUCUACGAAAACGAAAUAAUCUUAAUACCUGUCAAUAAAUACUUGAUGUCCCCAAAAUCAUAUACAAAUAUAAUACACUUAAAAUUUGUAGGAAUUAAACAGCUCUUUUGCGUUCGUAAUUUAAAAGUAGACCGGUCAAGGUCAUUAUAAGAAAAAUUGCCUUUAAAUUAUUAAUUUAAUAUCAGAUCUUGAGAUAUUAACUCUAACACUCAGUGAUAGAAGAAUUAUUGACAUCUAUCGUUUUUGUAGCGUCGUUGCUAAAUUGAAAGUCUUUAAAUAUUGCACUAAAUUUUUACUCCAUUUCCGUAAUAGACCUCUUUCGAAAGCCGAAAAAUGAAACAUUGAUAUUUUUGAAAUUGGAAUGCAAUUCCUUUUUGAAAAAAGAACUUGUACUUGGACUUAUCUAUUCUGUUUUCGAAAGCGGUUUUAGCUGCAUUAUAGACUGUUGCGUAAAAUAAGUUAAUGUGUAAAGUGAUACAUGGUAUUUCCAAAGAAUAAUUUCUUAUGAAUGACGAGUAUAAUCGCGCUGUAUCUUAUGAAUUUUGUGCCUUUCUUCAGCUUCUAGGGAAGCUAUUACGUUGGCGACCUUAUAACUGUUAAUUAUAGAUUAGUAGUAGGUAUUUGUUAUUGCCUAACGUAUAGAUUUCAUAUACGAUGUUCACUAUAAGUUAACGGUUCGUUAAACGGCGUAAUCGACCGGGUUCUAUAAUUAUCCUUGUCCAUAGACGUCACCUGUAAAAUGAUUUUUAAAUGACGUCAUGAAACAUUUACCCUUUUUCAAUAGUGUUUCAACGCGUAGCGCUAAAGAUUUUGGAAUUAAGUACAAAAACUCAAUAAAUUUAUUAAAAGUUAAAUCGCUUAAGGUGAUUACUCGUGAGCUGUUACUAAUGAUAGCAUAUUAUAGAGACCGUGUUUAAGGAAUACGAUUAACGGACCGUUUAAGAGCGGAGGUUAAAAUGUGGAAGAUAUUAUGUUACGAAUUACUGUUAUGAAUUAUAGUGUGUUAAACAUAUUUGUAAUGUCGCUUUGAACUUUUUGUGACGCACUGAAUAUUAUUUAUGACGCACAUUUGUUUUUGGAAACUUUACACGUAUAUUGUUCGCUUAUGAGAUAAUAAAAACCUCUUUUGACAUUUUUUUUAUAAUAAGUGGUCAUAGACUACAGCAGGCGUGUCCCAAUUGUACGCUGGUUUACUAUUUGCAUACCAUAUUCAGUUUUUGACGUCUGCAUACAGUUAGCAUGUAAUUUAUUCGACGUAUGCUUCCGUUUAGUUCUGUGUUCGUAUCCGUCUUACGUCUAUUAUGCGAUUUCGAUCUGUGGAAUCUGCAUGGUCACGUGACUGUUAAUUGCCAAGCGGGUCACGUCUGUUGUUAAAAAUGAUCUAGGGUCCUUUAUAUUUUCAUAUAACCAAGUGAAAUAGCAAAUUAUAUCUUCAUGUUCGUUAGAGCAGUUGUGUAAAUAUGAAUCUCAAGCUUAGUUUAAAUUCAAUGAGAGCUUUAUUAGUUUAAGCCACGAACAACGCGUAAUUUUACGUUAUUAUUUAUACGUUAAUUAAGGUUUACGAUAGUGUUCCACGUUUCUCACGUAAUUUUAUUGAAAAGUACAACGAUUUUUGCACUUGAUAAAAAUCCCACCUGUCAGCACUGUUCAUGAACAAAAUCUUCGUUGGUAUGUAGGUAUAAUUUAUUACCAAAGUGUAGCAAUUUACCGCCAUAUUUUUUUGAGAAUUAUCUUUAUAAUUAGCACGUUUCAGCGGUUUUCAUAUGUUUACUGUUAUCUUAGAUAAGUAUUUUCUACAUUUAUUUAAGGACAUUCCAGUAUA